CGCGAAAGUGGAAUUGUGUACAUAUAUACAUACAUAUGUAUAUUCACAUUAAUCACUACACAAUACAACCAACUUAUCGUCUACAACUGGCGUGUUACUCUCGACGAGCACAUCCGACCAAAUUUUACAACAUAUAUCGCGUCGUUUGCUCAGUGCUACGAUACAACAAAGUUGUAUCAACCGGUACGUUUGUACACGAACUCAGUUUGUUGUGAGCGACAGCUGAGUUUGGUUGUUGCUGAUGGUAUUUCAAUUUUCAUGAUGGACUCUCUACAGGACCACAAGUUUAAUAUACGUUUGGUAAAAACUGUGAAAAAAUAUCCAGUUAUAUACAAUAGAAAUCUUAAGGAAUACACAAGAGCAGAAAACAGGGAAAGAGCGUGGAUAGAUAUUGGUGAGGAGUUGAAUUGUGAUCCACAGUCACUACAGAGAAAAUGGCAAAAUUUUCGUACCAUUUUAGUGAGAAAACUGAAACAAAAACAACUGGGUGAACACACAUCAAAAUAUUAUUUAUACGAUCAUAUAAAGUUUGUAAUACCGUAUUUAAAAAAAUCAUACAAACCCGAGUUAUUGAAAAAAACGAUAAAGGCCGAUAGAACGAUUACCAAAAGCGAAGAGGAAGAGGAGACAGAAGAAGAAAUUUAUAUGGACUCAGGUCAAAGUGCAGAUGAAAGUGAAAUAGCUGAAGAACUAUAUGAGAUCGAUGAAGAUCCCAUUAAUUUUGCUUCCGAUCCAGAAGAUACUGGUUCAUCAAAGAAAAGAAAAUUAUCAACAGGCUCUGGGGAGGAGUUUAUAAUCGGAGAGGCUGAUGUUGAAGUUUCGCAGCCUAGUUACGAGGAAAAGGCACGCAGCAACACCGUAAAAAAUAAAAGCACCAAACCUACUCCGACAAAUGAUGCUUUAUCCUUUACUGAGAAGGCCGGGUCUAUAGAAUUAGUAAAUAACGCCAAAAAACAAUUCUUGUUAAGUUUAUUGCCAGAUCUCAUUGACAUGUCAAGGCCACAAAUGCGGCAUUUCAAAUUCAGGGUUCUACAGCUGCUUGACGAAAUGUUGAGCGAUAAUUAAACUUAAUGACGUUGAAUUCUGUGUUUAUGUAAAAGAAUUAUAAAACUAAGUACAAAGUAUUCAAAUAAGUUAUAAUAUAUGUAUGUAUGUAUUCCACAAAAAAUUAAUAUCAAUGAAAAACAUAUUGGAAUGCAGA